CCUAUGCCGAGUGUGCUCUGUAAUAUAUUGCAAUCUCAUUCAUAUACAUCGCAUAUCUACCAUGGCAUCUCAGGGGGUUUCCUUUCCUGUCAUCUUGAGACAAUAUCUGAACAGGAUCUAGGAUUGAUAAUCUCGUGUAUCUAAUCCCAAUCCCAAUUGCGUGGGUGAGCAUACUCCUAGCGAACGGCCAUAACCUCUUCUUCUCGUGAUGAGGGCCAUUCAGGUCAGCGAAUAUGUCAAGGGACCUCUCGACCUCAAAGUGUCUGAUCUCCCCACCCCUUCACCUGCACCAGACAAGUACCUCAUAGAGGUGCAUUCGGCCGCAACGAAUUUCUUCGAUAUUCUCCAGAUCCAAGGCAAAUACCAACACCAACCCCCUUUACCAUGGAUCGGGGGCAUGGAAUUUGCUGGGAUUGUCCUGGCCGUGCCGAUGUCGAAUAAGAACCCACGCUUCAAAAUCGGCGAUAGAGUCUUUGGCGCCGCGCAAGGUGCAUAUGCAACACACAUUCUAGCCCCAGAGGAACAGCUCUUCCCUGUCCCGGUGGGCUGGAGUUUCCAGGACGCAGCGGGUCUCUUUGUCACCGCGCCCACCUCGUACAGUGGGCUAGUGCACCGAGCCAAUAUCCAGCCCGGGGAAUGGGUUCUUGUUCAUGCUGCUGCGGGUGGAGUCGGUCUGGCGGCUGUUCAGAUUGCAAAGGCCAAGGGGGCGACCGUCAUUGCGACUGCGGGAACGAAGAAGAAGAGACAGGUUGCGCGGGAAUUUGGCGCCGAUUACGUCGUCGACUACCGGGAUAAGAACUGGCCGGAGGAAGUGAAGCGCCUGUGCUCAGCAAAUAGGAAGGGAAAUGGCGAGGCCGGUGUUGAUAUCGUAUAUGAUCCUGUGGGGAUGAUUGAGCAGAGUCUCAAGUGUGUGGCGUGGAAUGCCCGACUACUUAUUAUCGGGUUUGCGGCUGGAAAGAUCGAGAAAGUCGCGCUAAACAGAGUGCUGCUGAAGAAUGUGAGCCUUAUUGGUCUGCACUGGGGGCAGUACGCCAGAUUCGAAAGGAAUACGGUCGUCACAGUCUGGAAGGGGAUCUUCGACCUCGUGGCCCAGGGGAAAUUCAAGGGCACGUCUUUUAUAGAUGAGAAUUUCACUGGGUUGGAGAGCGUGCCUAGAGCGCUACAGGCACUUGGAGGUAGAGAGACUUGGGGCAAGGUUGUUGUGAAGGUCCUCGAUGAUGAGCCUACAAAGAGCAAGCUGUGAAGGACCUGCACUCUAGGAUAUAUAUAUAUGUUUUAUGUCUACAGAAGCGAUUUUACAGAAUCGCAUUGGAAUUGAACCAGUGAGCGUAGGUGAGGAUAGUAACACUGCUCAAUUAUUCACAGUAUUUGAUUUAGCCUCUACCACUAAGCUAAUUCUGACAUCUGGAGAAUUGUAGGUGCGCAAGGAGUCAUGCUCUCGUAGAAAAAAAAAAAGAAGGCGAGCAUGAACUAUGAAGGCCCUGUUGGUAGGCUUGCUCUAGCAACACAAUCCAAUAGUACGAGACGAAUCUCACGCAACCCAGCUCCAGUUGAUCACAAACACAAGACGUGAACUGUGGCGACUGUCCUUCGAAAUGAAGAGUCCGUAUUGGGCAUCCGUCCACCCAGACUCCUAUCGUUCCAAGGAGACUGGAUCGGAAAUGGACAGGGACAGCUGGAUUGCGGUGUUGCAGAUUGUUAAAAUGGUGCCACCCAUACUUCCGAGGCAGGGGUUGCUGGCAAUAAGCGAGUUGGGAAUAGACAGCUCAAUAUCCUCGAGCGAAGGUUCUUCGGCAAUCUGCUUUUGAGACACCGGGCAGCAUUUUGAUCCCUGUGAUCUUUCAGUCUGCAUAGUCCCCCAUAAUGGACUAAGCACGGAAACAGCAAAAGUGAGGUGUUAACAGCAUGGUUAGGUGAG